GCCGGAAAACGGUGAGCCGCUCUGGCAGGUGGGGCGGGGCGGGGCGGGGCCGCUGGGCCCGGGGGCGGGGCCAGGCCCGGGCGCCCGAAACCCGCCGGAUCCCGCGGCCCGCGCCCCGCGCCCCGCGCCGCCCGCCGCCGCCGUCAUGGGGGCCUGCCUGGGCGCCUGCUCCCUGCUCAGCUGCGCGUCCUGCCUCUGUGGCUCUGCCCCCUGCAUCCUGUGUGGCUGCUGCCCCUCCAGCCGCAACUCCACCGUCAGCCGCCUCAUCUUCACCUUCUUCCUCUUACUGGGGGUGCUGGUGUCCAUCAUCAUGCUGAGUCCUGGCGUGGAGAGUCAACUCCACAAGCUGCCCUGGGGGUGUGCCGAGGGGAACGGGAUGGUCCUCCUGCAGAGCCACCUGGACUGUAGCUCCCUGCUCGGCCACCGCGCUGUCUACCGCAUGUCCUUCGCCAUGGCAGCCUUUUUCUUCCUCUUCACCCUGCUCAUGAUCUACGUGCGCAGCAGCCGGGACCCGAGGGCUGCCAUCCAGAACGGGUUUUGGUUCUUUAAGUUCCUGAUCUUGCUGGGCAUCACCGUGGGCGCCUUCUACAUCCCUGAUGGCUCCUUCUCCAACAUCUGGUUCUACUUCGGUGUGGUGGGCUCCUUCCUCUUCCUCCUCGUCCAGCUGGUGCUGCUCAUCGACUUUGCUCACUCCUGGAACCAGCUGUGGCUGGGCAAGGCCGAGGAGUGCGGGUCCCGAGCCUGGUACGCAGGCCUCUUCUUCUUCACCCUCCUCUUCUACUCGUUGUCCAUCGCGGCCGCGACCCUGCUCUUCACCUACUACACCCAGCCCGACGGCUGCUACGAGGGCAAGGUCUUCAUCAGCCUUAACCUCACUCUCUGUGUCUGCGUCUCCAUCAUCUCCGUCCUGCCCAAGGUCCAGGAUGCCCAGCCCAACUCGGGCCUGCUGCAGGCCUCGGCCAUCACGCUCUACACCAUGUUCGUCACCUGGCUGGCUCUGUCCAAUGUCCCCGACCAGAAAUGCAACCCCCACCUGCUGAACCACUUGGACAAUGAGACGGUCCUGGCAGGCCCUGAGGGCUAUAUGACGCAGUGGUGGGAUGUGCCAAGCAUCGUGGGCCUCGUCGUCUUCAUCCUGUGCACCUUAUUCAUCAGUGUGCGCUCCUCGAACCACCGGCAGGUGAACAGUCUGAUGCGGACUGAGGAGUGCCCACCCGUGCUGGAGGCCACGCAGCAGGAGCAGGUGGCAGGCCAGGCCUUUGACAAUGAGCAGGAUGGUGUCACCUAUAGCUACUCCUUCUUCCACUUUUGCUUGAUGCUCGCCUCCCUACACGUCAUGAUGACGCUCACCAACUGGUACAGACCCAGCGAGGCCGGGAAGAUGAUCAGCACCUGGACCGCCGUGUGGGUGAAGAUCUGUGCCAGCUGGGCUGGGCUGCUUCUCUACCUGUGGACCCUGGUAGCCCCCCUCCUCCUGCCCAACCGUGACUUCAGCUGAGACAGCCCCCUGCAGCCUGCCCACCUGGUGCCUCGGGGUGCAGUGACAGUCAGCCAGGCUGCCCCCCGCCCUGCCUCCAGCACUUGCCCCUGAGCUGGGCGCCUUAUUUUUAGUGCCUCCAGGGACCAGCAGCGUCAGGCUCAUGCCUGAGCCCCUUUCUGCUGCCCCCGGACCACAGGACUUCCUCUUCCUUCCCCUUGUCCCCUGUCACCCACACUCACCUUCUGGGGGGGGGUUGGGGGGGGAGGGCCCUUUGUCCCCAGGCUCCCCAGGAGAGGGACCUGAGGAGAGAAAUGCUUAGAGCCCCCCAGAGAGCGGGGAUACUCACUCUGAUGGGUGCCCAGCACCGAGGCGUUGGUAUUCCUGACCACAUCCCGGGGUGCCCGCCUCUCUCCUAGACUCCGUGCCUUACAGAGUCUCUAAGACUUUGCUUAAUAAAGA